GAGAUCUUCAAUACUGAAGAACAACGGGGAUAUCCCAAAGUGGAACCAGAAUUCAAAAAAGGAGGAGGAAAGACGCUCAAGAAAGAAGUUUCGAAUCAUGUCAUUACCUAGAAAAUCAAGGUCGACACAUCCUAUAUUGUUAGCGGUCAGAAACAGACCGUUCUUAUUAUUUGGAGUUCCAUUCGUAUCCAUCAUCGUUUUCGCUUCUUUCGGCUUGAAAGCUUUGACUCAAACAAAAUACGAUCUACAUAAUCAAAAAAAUACCACUUUAACUACUGAACAAGCUCUUGGGAUGGAUAAAGAAAGGAAGAAAUUUGAUAUCCGAGAAGAAUACUACAGACUCAAUAAUCCUUCUGCUCUUUCUUCAAACGCAAGAUUAGACGCUUCCAAAUCCUCCUCUCAAUCCUCAACAUCUUCAUCCGGUCUCCAAAGCGUCGAGUCAGAGAUGAGACAGGGUGAGAAUGACCCGGUGAACAAACAGGAGAGAAGCUCGGAGAGGAAGAAUAAGAAAAUGACUAUAUCUCAGGAAGAAUAUGAACCUAUACGUGUUCCACGACCGGCCGGUGUGUCCGAAUGGGGUUCAGUCGGAGGAUUGGAAGAGGCGCCUUUGAAAGGGUAUAGGAAAGAAGAUCGGUGGGUUUGAGCUUUUGUCAGUACAUACGGAAGACUUGUUGUACAUUUUGCACACUUGUAAUUGUAUUACAUAGCAUAUGAUGAUCUUAUCUUUUGU